CCGAACUACAUCUCCCAGCGGCCCCUGCGCUUCCGGCUCGUAAGAUGGCGCGCAGUCGGAAACGUGCUGUGAAGGACCGGGAGGGCCACCUCCCGAGCCCGCCAGGCUACUCAGCUGUUCCAAUCAAGUUCUCAGAAAAGCAGCAGGCUUCUCAUUACCUCUAUGUGAGGGAACACAGAGUUCGCCAAGGCACCCGGUCCACCUGGCCGCAGAAGCGCACUCUGUUUGUCCUCAAUGUGCCCCCGUACUGCUCGGAGGAGUGUCUGUCGCGCCUCCUGUCCCCCUGCGGCCUGGUCCAGUCUGUGGAGCUGCAGGAGAAGCCAGACCUUGCGGAGAGCCCAAAGGAGCCAAAGUCCAAGUUUUUCCACCCCAAGCCCGUUCCGGGCUUCCGGGUGGCCUAUGUGGUGUUCCAGAGGCCCAGUGGAGUGGCUGCUGCCUUGACCCUGAAGGGCCCCCUGCUGGCCUCCACUGAGAGUCACCCUGUGCCGAGUGGCAUUCACAAGUGGAUCCGGGACUAUGCGGAUGCAGUGGCUGACCCUGAGGCCCUGAGAGUCGAGGUGGAUGAGUUCAUGGAGGCCUAUGAUAAGAAGAUCGCUGAGGAGGAGACCAAGGCCAAGGCGGAGGAGGGAGUCCCAGAUGAGGAGGGCUGGGUGAAGGUGACGCGCCGGGGCCGGCGGCCUGUGCUGCCCCGGACGGAGGCUGCCAGCCUGCGGGUGUUGGAGCGGGAGAGGCGGAAGCGGGCGCGCAAGGAGCUGCUCAACUUUUACGCCUGGCAGCACCGAGAGACCAAGAUGGAGCACCUCGCACAGCUGCGCAAGAAGUUUGAGGAGGACAAGCAGAGGAUCGAGCUGCUGCGGGCCCAGCGCAAGUUCCGGCCCUACUGAGCUGCAGGACCGUGGGGUGGGUACAAGGCCACCUGGGUCCCCGGCCUGGGCCUGGUGCUGGCAAGGCCGCCCCAGAGAGGACUAGGCCUGCGCGAGGCCGCUCUGGCCCUAGUGCCUGGACCGUGGGGCCCCUCUGGGAGGGAAGCAGCUGCGAGGAGUGAGUGAUAGGAAUGUUUUAUUUCCCUCCAACCUGGCAGCAGAGGGGACUCGAGAAAGCCCAGGAGGGCUGGGCGCAGACGCUGCUGCCUUCACCUACCCCCAGAUCCAACCCCCCCCUUUUCCCUUUUUUUCUUCUUUUCUUCUUUGUCCUAGGCCCUUCCCACUGAUACACAUUUCCAGCCCCCCCCGCCCCCUUUUGUUUUGUUGUUUUGAGAUGCUAAGCUGCCCAGGCUGGGCUUAGACUUCAGAUCCUCCUGUCUCAGCCUCCUCAGCCUCCCAGAAUUCUGGGCUUACAGGUGUAUUCCAGCACCAGCUCACUGUCCCCUUCUGCAGUCACAAGCUGGUGCGUCAGAAUCUUGCCCCCUUCCCCUGGCUGUGCCUGUGGACUCUGCUGUCCACCCUGGUCUUCUAGACUAGUGAGGCCUGAUCCCUCCCAGGCCUUUCUGGGCCAGGUGCUCAAGUCCACAUGGAGGCUGGCAGGUCCAAUGGCUGUGACGUCCUUGGGAGCGGCUACUCCGGUGGAGGUUGCUGCUGCUGGGCUGGUUGGGGUUGCCGCAGUGAUGACCUGGGGCUGCUGAGAACUGGAACUGCAGGACGGGUGUGUGCCGCGUACUGUCACCGCCAUGGGCUCUCCGGGGUGACGCCUCUGAACCCCAGCUCGCAGCAGCUUGUGACGUCCAAACUCUGGGCCUGCUGAAGCCACCUGGGGACCUGGUCACCUGACUCGUGGAGCUAUAAUGCAGAGCUGGAGAGGCCACUGUCGGGGUCACUGCUGAUCCUGACUGGGCAACGAGGGCCCCGAAAGGACGAGGUUGAAGCCGGCUUGGACCCUGCUCUGAGUUGUCCCCAGUGGACCUCUCGGCCCGUGUGGAAGGCUGUGAGUGGAUGGGGACCAUGAAAUGCCAGGGACUCCUAGGUGCAGGCAGGGCCCGGGCCACGGCGCCAGGACUGCUUGUGCCCCAGGGCGGGGGAGAGAAGGGCUGUACGGUAAAACACCCGCGCCUUGCCUCCAUUAUUUUUUCCACAGAAUGCUUUGUUUGGAAAUGAAAGUUUGUGCUGCUGGGCUGCUGCCCAGUGUGUCAAAAUGGUUUGUGACUGAACUGUGUGAGCGAUAGAGAACAUUUUAAUAGCAAAUACCCUACCGAAAUGUCACACAGUUCACAAUGUAAAACAACUUCUGCCCCUUGCUUUGUUUAGUUCAGAAUCAAUAGAACCGGAGGCAUCUAGUCCCGCUAAAAAGUUUUGUAAAAUGAAAAGAACCGUUGUUAGCUUUGGGACCAGACAUGGUCCCCUGGGCUAGAAUAGAUAGCUAAACUCAAUGAAUGUUAAAGGUCACCUCCCUAACAAGUGCUACAUCUGGGUUGGAAUCACCUGCCUUACGACCAUGUGAGCAGUGAAAAAUGCAGUGUAGCCACCUGAAUUGAGAUCACGGCCUAUAAAACCCUAUAAAAGGGGAGGUGUAGCCCAGUACUGGGUCAGUCAGGGCACCGCCGUUAGGUGUCAUCCAGACAUCACCCCGUUGACAGACUAAGCUUGUUUUACUUCCAUUCUGCCGCCUCUGUGGGUCGCUUACCAGUUCCUUCCGUGGCUGGACCUCUCCGGAAUGUGCUGUAGCUGCCACCCCUUCCGUGAGCAGCUCACCUGCCCUGUAGAUCCAGGGACUUGGCAGUGUGAGAAAGGUUUUUUGCCACCCCUUCAACUGACCAUCAGAUUCUUGAGUCUUCAAACUGUGAGAGCUGUGAGUGACCCAGAGCUGUGGCUGCAAAACUGGCAGGGGCCCCAGAUGCACCUGGCCCAGGGAAGACAAUCUGGAGGAUUCCGCCAGCCACAGCGCUCCGAGUCCUGG